CCUUAUGACACACUCUUCCCAUACCUUCAUUGAAACACCUUCACCACCAACAGCCCAAUUCAAGGGUGAUGAAGGAGCGAUGGUGGUAAUUGUUGCGGAGGGCGAGAAGGUUGUGGGGAGGGAGGAUGUUGGAGAUAGACAUCGCGUGUCACACUUCUCUUUAUCUCUCAUCUCAUUUCUACAUAUUUUUCUUUCUAAAAUCUCUCCGCAUUUCUUAUCAGAUUACAGAUCACAUCACUUAUUCUUAUCAUUUCUCUUCAUAUUUAUAAGGAUGGAGGUGGAAUAGAAAUAUUAACAAAACAUUAUUAGAAUGAAAUGUAAUCUAACUUUAAUCGAUUUAUUAUUGCAGUAUGACAUGUAACAUUCUGAUUGGUUAUCCACAAACCUUCACUAUUCUACAAUCUACACAGACACUCUCACCUCCCUCUGCAACAUGGCAUUUCAAUCCAGAAAGUGAGACCAACUCAACUGUGUUGUUAUCUUCCAUUUCCACCCCACUCAAAUCCUCAUGACAGGAACCACAUGUUUCACAGCUUCAAAUGUUGUUCUCAAUCCUCAGACUUUCUCAAACCUCUCCAACAACGCUCUGUAUCUGGGAUUCAUCGGUCCUAAGCCUACCCAUCUGCAAUUCUCUCACUCCAAAUUGGAAAGCAGAGUAAAGUUGACAUCUUUUCCAAUGUCUAAGACAACCCAUUUGCGAGUUUCACAAGAUGCAUUCACACCCACUGAGGAAUCACCAUCUUCCCCUCCUCGUGUAAUCGGAGAACAUGACUUGCUCAUUGUGGGUCCCGGUGUUCUUGGUCGUUUGGUUGCUCAGAAAUGGCAAGAGGAAAUUCCGGGGUGUCAAGUUUAUGGACAGACAAUGACCACUGAUCAUCACAAUGAAUUGAUUGAAAUGGGUGUUAAUCCGUCUUUGAAGUGGACAGAAGCUACUCAUAAGUUUCCAAAUGUUUUAUAUUGUGCUCCACCUUCCAAGUCUCCAGACUAUGCUGGUAAUGUUAGGCUAGCUGCAUUAAGCUGGAAUGGUGAAGGUUCUUUCGUUUUCACAUCAAGCAGUGCUCCAUACGAUUGUAAUGAUAAUGGACCAUGUGAUGAGGAUACUCCAGUUGUACCAAUUGGGAGGAGCCCCAGGGUUGACGUCCUUCUAAAAGCCGAAAAUGUGGUCCUGGAAUUCGGUGGUUGUGUUCUAAGAUUGGCAGGACUUUAUAAAGCAGAAAGAGGUGCACACAAUUAUUACUUAGAAAAGGGCAGCGUUGAUAGUCGUCCUGAUCACAUCCUGAAUCUUAUACAUUAUGAGGAUGCAGCUUCCCUUGCAGUUGCAAUAUUGAAGAAAAAAUUCCGUAGACAGAUUUUCUUGGGCUGUGAUAAUCAUCCCUUGUCUAGGCAAGAAAUGAUGGAUCUGGUUAAUGAAAGUGGGAAGUUCAGCAAAAAGUUUGAUAAAUUUACUGUAACUGAUGGCCCUCUAGGUAAGAGAUUAAACAACUCAAGAACCCGCAAGGAAGUUGGCUGGGAGCCGAAGUACCCCAGCUUCGCUCGAUUUCUUGCAAGCCUAUGACUGACUCCUGAGUGUAUCUUUGUGUUUGGAUACACAUUGACUCACGUUAUUUCAGUUUCCAAGACAAGAAAAACGUAAAACACUAUUUUCGUAGCAGUUAACGUGAAAGCUUCACUUUCCCUCCGUUAGCAUUAAAGUACUUUUGACUUGUAUUGCAGCUGAAACCCAAACAUGCUUAGAUGUUGAUUCUAAUGAAUGUGGAAAGUACAAUACAGAGGUGCCUUUGAGAAUUCUUGCAGCAAAUGUGAAGUUCAUACCCACCUGAUAUAUCAUAUCAGUUGUUGAAUUGUAUUAAAACUGGGUGAUUUGAUCACUUUCAUAUUGCAUGUGUACUUUAGAAGUAAAGUUAGUAGUCAUUCUUUUCGUAUGAUAAA